ACCAGUCCACACUUGCCGUGGAAGGGGACGCAUACGUUGUGUUGGAGCACCGGAGUGGGCUUUUUUUUUCCUGUUUUUUAAAAACAUUUCGGAUGCUGCAAGUAUGAGAGAACACUUUGUCGCCAUGUCGGUGAUGUGUUUGAAAUUUUAAGGACCCCACUCUCUCACAACACACACAAGAAAGAAAGAAAAAAAAGUGGAUCCGGUGACUUUACAAGCAUGAGGCACCCUUGGCUCUUUCCCACCCGGAGUGUGACUUGGGAAUACUGGACGUGGAUGCUUGCGUGUCUCUUGUGGAUUCCAUACUCGUACUGUAUGCCUCAUGUUAUCCGAAUAGGUGGGAUUUUUGAGCAAACGGAUGGACCUGUUUCUCUGGUCAGCGCAGAGGAGCUGGCUUUUAAAUUUGCCGUCAAUAACAUCAACAGGAACAGGACGUUAUUGCCCAACACCACGCUGACGUACGACAUACAGAGGAUUAACAUCUACGACAGCUUCGAAGCGUCCAGAAAGGCAUGCGACCAGCUGUCUUUAGGCGUGGUCGCAAUCUUCGGCCCGUCGCACAGUUCCUCAUCCAACGCCGUUCAGUCCAUCUGCAAUGCACUGGAAGUUCCGCACAUCCAGGUGCGGUGGAAGCACCACCCCAUGGACAACAGGGACACCUUUUACGCCAAUUUAUACCCUGACUACUCGUCCUUGAGCUAUGCCAUCCUGGACCUGGUGCAGUAUCUUAAAUGGAAGACUGCCACGGUCGUCUACGAUGACAGCACAGGGCUUAUCAGACUACAGGAGCUGAUAAUGGCCCCGUCGAGGUACAACAUCAGGCUGAAGAUCCGACAGCUGCCUCUCGACACGCAUGACACCAGACCCCUGCUCAAGGAGAUGAAGAGGAGCCGGGAGUUCCGCAUCAUUUUUGACUGUAGCCACCACAUGGCCGCGCAGAUCCUCAAGCAGGCCCAGACCAUGGGGAUGAUGACAGAGUACUACCACUACAUUUUCACCACUCUGGAUCUGAUGGCCAUUGAUUUGGAGCCAUAUCGCUUCUGUGGCGUAAAUAUGACCGGCUUCCGCAUCCUCAAUGUGGACAAUCCCCAGGUGUCUUCUAUUGUGGAGAAGUGGUCCAUGGAGAGGCAGAUACCGCCUAAACCCGACUCAGGCCUCCUGGAGGGCAUCAUGACGACAGAUGCAGCUCUGACCUACGACGCUGUCCACAUCGUGUCCGUUUCCUACCAGCAUGCCCCGCAGAUGACCGUCAACUCGCUGCAGUGCCACCGACACAAACCUUGGAGAUUCGGCGGCCGCUUCAUGAGUUUUAUCAAGGAGUCCCACUGGGAAGGACUGACUGGGAGGCUGUCGUUCAACAAGACAACCGGCCUGCGUACUGACUUCGACCUGGACAUCAUAAGCCUGAAGGAGGAUGGACUAGAAAAGGUUGGGAAGUGGAGUGCGUCGGGAGGUCUCAACAUCACAGAAGUGCCCAAGCGAAAAGGGAUGAACAUCACAGAUUCCCUGGCUAACCGGUCGCUUCUCAUCACCACCAUCCUGGAGGAGCCAUACGUCAUGCUUAAGAAAUCUGACAAGGCGCUGAUCGGGAACGACCGCUUCGAAGGCUUCUGCAUUGACUUGCUGAAGGAGCUGGCGAUCAUCCUGGGCUUCACCUAUGAGAUCCGGCUGGUGCCCGACGGGAAGUACGGCUCUCAGGAUGACAAGGGCCAAUGGAAUGGCAUGAUACGGGAACUGAUAGAACACAGGGCAGACUUGUCAGUGGCCCCCCUUACCAUCACUUACAUGCGGGAAAAGGUGGUGGACUUUACCAAGCCCUUCAUGAGCAUGGGCAUCAGCAUCCUGUACCGUAAACCCAACACCACCAACAACGGCUUCUUCUCCUUCCUCAACCCCAUGACCCCCGACAUUUGGAUCUACAUCCUACUGGCCUACUUGGGGGUCAGCUGCGUCCUCUUUGUCAUUGCCAGGUUCAGCCCAUACGAGUGGUAUGACGCCCACCCCUGCAAUCCGGGAUCCGACGUGGUGGAGAACAACUUCACGCUCCUGAACAGCUUCUGGUUUGGAGUGGGUUCCUUGAUGCAACAAGGCUCUGAGCUGAUGCCCAAAGCCUUGUCCACCAGGAUCAUCGGCGGGAUCUGGUGGUUCUUCACGCUCAUCAUUAUAUCGUCCUACACGGCUAAUCUGGCGGCGUUCCUCACCGUGGAGAGGAUGGACUCACCAGCGGACUCAGCAGACGACAUCGCCAAACAGACCAAGAUAGAGUACGGAGUGGUGCGUGACGGCGCAACCAUGACUUUCUUCAAGAAAUCUAAGGUGUCUACUUAUGAGAAGAUGUGGGCCUUCAUGAGCAGCAAGCCCAGCACAUCGCUGGUCAAGUCCAUCGAGGACGGCAUUCAGCGGGUGCUCAAGUCCGACUAUGCCCUCAUUAUGGAGUCCGCCACCAUUGACUACAUCACUAGACGCAAUUGUAACCUGACGCAGGUGGGGGGUCUCAUCGACAUGAAAGGCUACGGGAUCGGCACCCCCCUCGGCUCGCCGUACAGGGACAAAAUCUCCAUAGCCAUCCUGAACAUCAUGGAGGACGGACGCCUACACAUGCUGAGGGAGAAGUGGUGGAGUGGGAGCAGCUGCUUGGAUGACGAGCGCCGAGAAACGGGCCCCAUGGGCAUCCAAAACCUGGGUGGCAUAUUUAUCGUACUGGCAUCUGGCCUGCUGCUCUCUGUCUUUGUGGCCAUCGCUGAAUUUGUCUACAAGCUGAGGAAGACAGCGGAGCGUGAGCAGGUCUUUGUGCAGUGCCAUGGUGGACGAGAUCAGACUGUCGUUCACCUGCGAGAGGCGGGUGAAACACAGACCACAGCCCCCGGUCGCGGCGAAGACGGAUGCAGUGAUCAACAUGCACGCCUACAACGACCGCCGUCUCCCAGGAAAGGACAGCCUGAGCUGCAGCGCUGGGAUGACCCCCGUUUUUCCAUGACCCUGUGCUCUCCGCAGGGCAAAAGCCUCCUGAGCAACGUGUCGGGGGCGCUGCCCGAGACCAGAGACAAUGGCAUCGACGGAAUCCUCCGGUUCACCAUGAACCACAGUGAAAUGGGGACAUUGACCAAACACGGACAACUCAAAAUGGCAGCGUCGGCCACGCAGGUAUGACAUCGCGGACUGCCGCCACCCAAAAAGACAUCAUCCUGGAGGAAAAGCAGGAUGUUAUUUUUAUUCUGUUGUACUCGGAUGCUUAGUUUCAAGUCCGAUGUUUACGUGCGCAACACAAGAACAGAAGAAAACACACAGCAAUGAAGAAAAAUCAUAAUCAGCGGAAGGCAAUAAAUAUCUGACAUACUUUCAAUUAGGGUCAUUUGGGGGCUUUUGUACCUCAGAUUGAGUACCUAAAAACACACUUUUAGAGGUUUGUGAUGUGUAAUUUCACUAGACAAGCAAUUAACUCACAUGGAGAGUGGACACUUUUACGGGAUUAGAUGUGUUCAAGCCCAGUACACCUCAUGUGAUUUUGUACACUAGUGGACUUUCAUCUGUUUAAAAACACCUUUAUUGCCAAAGAUGUGACCUUUCCAUAGACGACCAGCACCACUCGUGUGCGCAUGUUAGCAAGUGUCCAGAACUUGUUCAUUGCAAAUGGGAUUUAGGAAUCCAAAUCAAAACACAGAACAAAGAAACAAAAGAUCGCUCUUGGUUGGCGUGGUUUCAAACCAGCUCAGUCCCAGUGCCACUGGUGUGUGCUUGUGCAGUGCAAAUGUGAGUAUAGAGCAAAAAGAGCAAACAAAUCAAUUGGUGAAAGAACCAAUGAAAUCCUUCUGGUUUCAAAGUGACUCAGUCCCAAUGUUACUAAUGUUUCCAUUUUAGCAAAUUAGCAGUACAAAUUGGAUUACAAACUGAGAAACACUAUGAACGAAUGAACGGGCAAGAAUGAGCGAAUGACGGAACGACCCAACAUCCCUUUUGAUUGGAAUGGUUUUAAUGGUUUCAGUCCCUAUGCCACUCAUACAAGUGUUCAUCUGAAAUACAUUGCAAUUGGGAUUACAGAGAUCCAAACAGAAAAACAGAAUGAACGAAUCAACCAACAAAUGAAUGAACGAACGUUCCAACAUCAUUCCUGAACGGCUCAUUCGAAGGAUUCCUAAACCAAACCAUUUUUGACAAACAACAACCAAUCAACACAUGACUGUUGGAACGACUUAUUUUCAAAAAAGAAUGGGCAUCAUCAUUGAUCGGUUGUUGAUUAAUCGUGUUUUGAAUCAAUUCAUUCAUAAUGUUAGUAGUACGUAGUUUGCUGUCUAAAGAAGAAGAUGAACGCGGUGCAUAAACUACGAAUCCGGAAGCAAAGGUUAAGAGACAAAAUUUAACUUACCAUAAAAAGCUCAUGUUGGCCUAUAAUUGUCUUGUUUAAUCCUUUAACUCUUCUGUAUGCACCCCAGCAAUUACCCCCCUCCAUCACGUCGACAAUAUAGUUUCCCGAUAUGAGCAUCAAACCUGAAAGUCUCAAUCGCUCCAUCAGUACUGUUGUCAUCAAAUCCAUUCUUGUCAUGCUGAAAGAUUACCAUUGGGGGGAUUCAACGGGAACUUGUUUGCUCUACUAGUACGAGUCGUUUGAUCAAGUGUGAACCCUGGUGUUCACCAAAAAGGCAGAUCAAGACUGGUUUCGACAUGGGUCUCAGUCCACUUACAAACUUUGGUGCAGUUCUGUUCACUCCAAUAUAAACACGAUAUGGACCAAAGACAGGGACCAGUGUUAAAAUGAUGGCAAAACGCAUGCAGAAACAGCAAAUAAGUCAUAGAAAAUGCAUUGUGAUUGCUGUUGAUAUGCUCUGCUCUAUAAAAGUAUAUUUUACAAGCUUUUGGCGAAGUCUAAGACAUUAAAUACAAAUCUCUCACUGUGCGUAUUUAACCCAGCAGGCAGCAUUUCGGUUUGGAAUAUGUGCGUUACAUCACGUAAUAUGCCACAAAAGAUGCCAAUUAAGUUCCUAUGUUCUUUAUUGCGUCGCAUUUGGUCCCAUUACAAAAAUCCCAGUGUGAAUGCUAAGCAAACCACAAUGAUGUGCUUUUUUUAUUUUUGGUCUGAACCAGAAUCACAAGUAUGACAGCCUAAAUGUUCAAGUGGACCUAUUGACAGAGCGCAUGUGUGGCAAAAACCUCUGUGAGGUUGGCAAAUACAUCAAAAGAGACAACAAGUAUAUAUAAAUAUAAAAAAAAAGUAUCAUAAAAAAAGACUAUUUACCAUGGAAGAAAACUCCAGUGUGUAAACCUUAGCAUUGGUUGAGUAGAGACCCACUGUAUAAUUAUUUAACCCCUUCUGCAAAGUGUGUAGAUGAAGAUGAGCAGGAGAGGAUAAAAAAAAUGUAUUUUGCUACCUUUCUACUGUUAUAAAUGAAUGCUCUCCAUGCUCAAACGUCAUAGAUGUUAUUGCAUUAGAGAGCUCACUUUAAGCCUACUUCCUCACUUUAGCCCACAUCCACGGCCCUUGGACCUUGUUUAUUUAUUAAAUAGAAAAUGCAUAUUAUUAUGGUUAUUAUAUUGCCAUCAGUCCGAUGGGGAAAAAGUGUGUGUCUUUGUUGAUUAUAUUUCUACAAGGUUAAAAACAUAUGAUGGAAAUGUUCCAUACAAAUAGUUUCUCUUAUGUACCCCCCAACGAUUAGGGCUGGUUCUAUUAGUAUUAUUCCCCUGAGUAUGAGUUUUCAUGAAGGUGCUCCAAAGAGUAAAAAUUCAAAUAAAAAAUAACCUCUACCAAGGAAGUAUUACAUAUUAUUACACCUUUAGUUGCAGUAUAUUAGCUUAGUGUAUUUUCAGUCUAAUUCACAGAAGUUUGUCUUGCCACACACACUCACAUAGCACAACCGGAGUUCCACGACACUCACAGGUGAACUCAUAGAACAGUACUGUACUAAGCGGAGAAUACACGUUAUGAGCGUACUUACUGUAGACCAGUUUGAGCCAGUCUCUCUCACACAAACUUAACUUUUGUGUGACUUUCCAGGCACACAAGCUUAACUUUCACUAUAGGAACUGCCAUGUAGAAUCUGUGUACUUACAUUCUGGGUUCUUUUUUCGAUCUUCCUAAUUAAUGAUUAGAGUACAGCGCUGUCACCAAAUAUAUUGUGAUUAAUUAUUUUUGAAAAUGUUUAAAAUUGUGUGAUCAAUGACUACUUCUCCAAUAAGCAACACAAUCCAAAAAACCAUGAAAACAAGUUAAAGGGAAGCAAUAGGUUUGUUAGCUUAAUGCAAAUAUUAUUUACAAAUAAUCUGUCAGCAUCCAACAUAAUAUGUGGUCUUUGCAAUUGAGUUUGAGUUCAUAUGAAAGGUUAUUAGAGAUAGUAGUUUUUUCACCAAAUGUAUACUUUUUGCAUCUUUCUGUAAAAAAAAAAAAAAACGAGAAAUAUAAUUAAAAAAUUUCCUUGGUGGAGGUAAUUAAAUUCUUAAUUUUGUUGUUUUAUUUAACAUUUUCCGGUUUUAUCAAUGUGAAUAAUUCUAAUAUCAUUCAUCAAAUUAUAUAUAAUAAUAAUGUAUAAUGUGUCCCCUUCGUUUUUGUUUUGUUUUUUUUUUUAUAGUGGGAGGAUUGGAGGGUGCCCUUCCUCUUGAGUUGUGCUGCUUCUACCAUUUGUCAGUAAAAACAAAUACAACAACAACAACAAAAAACAACUCUCAAACAUGUUGGUGCCAACCAGGGUUUUCUUUGUGGACAUGGAGAAUUUCUAUAAAUAUAGUUUUUGUAAGUUUUUUUUACAAAAAAAAAGAGAAAAAUAUGUAAAGGGAGUGAUAAAAGGGGGAUUUACUAGUAAAUGUAUGUGAUCAGACACGAUGAGAAUUACAGACAUCGGAGUAAAACGUGGGAAUAUUCAACUAAAUAGUAUAGAAAUUAAAAUUUUAAAACAGUUACGGAGCUAUUUUCUUUUUAAGACACUGUGAAUUAUUCAAUUGUACAGUUUGCUGUAUGGGUUGUAUGAAGUUUUAAAUAAAAAUAUACAAACUG